AUGGCGUUGAUGAUGGAGACAAUGAAUCGACUGGGUGUCCUUGGUAGGGUGGUAGGAGAUGUCCGUGAACUCGGUCCAAGAAAGUCAUUGUUAUCGCUGAUGUUUAAAUGGGUUGUCUCUGCUGUUGUUUGUCAGUAUUUGUGGGUUUGUCCAAUGCUGGGUGAAUAUAAAAGGAGAAACGUCAGCAGGAAUAUGAAUAUGUUCAUUGCUAAACAUUUUCAUUUCUAUACUGCUGAUGACGGCGACAAUGACGAUUUUGGUGGUGAUGGUAGUAGUUGCGGCUUAUUGUUUUCAAUCAAAAAAUGA